AGCAACGCAUACGACGACGAGCCCCCUACCUCGGACAGCGAGAGAGAGAGAGAGAGAGAGAGAGAGAGAGAGAGAGACGAGGGAAGGGAGAAGAAGAUGAAGCCCAAGAACGGCGGCGCCGCCGCGGAGAGGAGGCUGCUGCCUAGGUGCAUAUUCCUCUGCGCCUUCAGCUUCGGCCUCGGGAUGCUCUUCUCCGACCAGUUCGGAUCGGUGCCGGAGUGGCAGAACCCGGUGGUGGCGCAGCGCCGGCGGCAGGAGAGGGAGAUGCUCGUUUCUGAAGACUUUGUUGCCAAGCCGAAACCAACUGACUAUAGAGACGUGAUGGGCGAAGUAACAAAGACUCACGAAGCCAUACAAUAUCUAGAUAAGUCCAUCGCCACUCUACAAAUGGAGCUGGCAGCUAAGCGCAGCACAAACGAGCUACUUGGCAAUGCAGAUGGCACAAGCCAGCAAAGGAAGAAGGCUUUUGUAGUUAUUGGGAUCAACACUGCCUUCAGUAGCAGGAAGCGUCGAGACUCUGUCAGACAGACCUGGAUGCCUCAAGGUGAGAAACUCAAGAAAUUGGAAGAGGAAAAGGAAAUUAUCAUCCGAUUUAUGAUAGGACAUAGUGCUACGUCAAACAAUGUCCUCGAUAAAGAGAUUGACGCAGAGGAUGCUGCUCAUCAUGAUUUUCUUAGGCUGGACCAUGUUGAAGGGUAUUUCAAGUUAUCUGCCAAGACCAAGAUAUUCUUUUCCACUGCUGUGGCGUUAUGGGAUGCUGAUUUCUAUGUGAAGGUGGACGAUGAUGUUCAUGUCAACCUUGGAAUGCUAAUCACAACCCUUGGCCGGCAUAAAUUGAAACCCCGGGUUUAUAUUGGGUGUAUGAAAUCAGGACCGGUUCUUGCUGACAAAAACGCAAAAUACCACGAGCCUGAGUUCUGGAAGUUUGGCGAAGACGGCAACAAGUACUUCCGACAUGCCACUGGGCAGAUAUAUGCCAUCUCAAAGGACCUUGCCACAUACAUCUCGAUCAACCGGCCUAUAUUGCACAAAUACGCAAAUGAAGAUGUUUCGCUUGGCGCAUGGUUUAUCGGUUUAGACGUGGAGCACAUCGAUGACAGAGACAUGUGCUGCGGAACACCACCAGACUGCGAAUGGAAAGCACAAGCAGGAAAUGUUUGCAUUGCAUCAUUCGACUGGAAGUGUAGUGGGGUUUGCAAUCCAGUUGAGAGACUAAAAUACGUGCACUCAAGAUGCAGUGAAGGAGAUGAUGCAAUUUGGAGCGCCUCAUUCUGAAGAGACGCUAACAAGUUUUCGCAGCUUCACAGGCUACGAAAUGGGUUAAUACAUUUGUGCAGACAGUAGCAGUCUCCCUGGAGCUCCGAGCUCUACAGAUCACAGUGGGAAAGGACAAGAUUAGAAGAGAUGAAAACAUAAACAUACAUCUGAUAAAGGAAUUGGCAGGAACCAGGAAGCACAAGUGCACAACUCCCCUUUUCUUUUCGCUUUCUUUGUUAGGAUGGAUCAUUGAAGAUAUGGGCAUGCAUUUUCCAGGGGAAUGUGGGAAUACAUGUUGAUUUUCACCGUACAGGAAAAAAAGAUUACAUUAAAUUAAUUCAUUCCUUAGACCUUAGUAUGAACUUUGUGAGUGUCUGAAUUCUGAACAUAGUUUUUUGUUUCUCUGGUUGGACUUUCUUUGACGAUCUCAGCAUAAGAGUGAGAUCCAAACAUUGUUCUGUCAACUUUUUA